UACCCAACACCAAACCAUCUCUUCCUUUACUUUUAAAACCCAUUAUUUCACAUUAUUACAUUUCUACAAUAUUACAACACAAGCACACACUUCGCAUUCAAACACAAAGAAAUAGAAGCACAAAUGGUGAACCUCGUAGCAGCUCAAAAGCCCUUACUGCAUGGCCUAAUGAAAAUGGCAGGGGUUAAACCCUACACACUCGAGAUCGAGCCAGGCACAAUCAUGAACCUCUGGGUUCCCAACGAAACCAUUCCAAACCCGAAAAAAGGCGAAAAAUCUACCAAAUCCCAAACCUUAAAUAAACCUGAAAAACCAGUUGUUGUCCUAAUCCAUGGCUUUGCUGCAGAAGGUAUUGUAACAUGGCAAUUCCAAGUUGGCGCUUUAGCCAAAAAGUACUCGGUCUACAUCCCCGACCUUCUCUUCUUCGGCGGCUCUAUCACCGAUAAAACAGACCGGUCACCGACGUUUCAAGCUGAAACGUUGGUGAAGGGUUUAAAGAGGGUGGGAGUGGAGAAGUGUACGUUGGUGGGGUUUAGCUAUGGCGGUAUGGUAGCUUUCAAGAUGGCUGAGAUGUAUCCUGAGCUAGUUGAAGCAAUGGUUGUGUCUGGUUCGAUCUUGGCUAUGACCGACUCGAUCAGUGAUUCAACAUUGAGUAGGCUUGGGUUCAAAUCUUCGGCUGAGCUCUUGCUUCCGACUUGUGUGAAAGGACUUAAAGCUCUGCUUUCUGUAGCUGCUUACAAGAAGCUUUGGUUCCCUAAUUUCCUUCACAAAGACUUUCUUGAGGUAAUGUUUAAUAACAGGAAUGAGAGAGCUGAACUACUAGAAGGACUUGUUAUUAGCAACAAAGACACUGCCAUCCCUAAAUUUCCUCAGAAAAUACAUCUUCUAUGGGGCGAAAACGAUGAAAUAUUCAAUCUCGAACUUGCACAGAACAUGAAAGGGCAACUGGGAGAAAAUGCAACAUUUCAAGGAAUAGAGAAAGCUGGGCAUUUGGUUCAUCUCGAAAGGCCGUGUGUCUACAACCGGCAUCUCGAGAAGUUUCUUUCUUCCGUGCAAGAAGGGCAUCGAGCAGAAAAGUAACACUGCUUAUCUGUUUACUAUACCCUUCUCUUUAGUUAUGCUCCUCUUCUAUUUGUAAUCUUUUCCACUAGUUAUGCUACCAUUACAUUCAGAAAUCAUAAAUCACCUUUUGAUCAUCUAUGAAGCAAACAUGAUGUUAUCCAAUGAAUUUAAACAAAACUCCCCCACAUUUUAUUUUUCUUUUA